CCCGAACCUCGGCAGCGACGCGAAGUGCGGGGCCUUGCCCGAGGGCUUGCUCUCUGUUACGCAAAGCGAAUAAGCUCCUGUCACUUCGUCAGUGCAUCAUCAGCUGCCACCAUCGACUCUACUCGCGCUGACCCGACGAGUGCACGUGGGACAGCAGUUGUCACCGUUGUCACCGCUAUCGAAGGGGGACACGCCUCCAGUCUAACCAAUCACAAUGGGCCAGUGCUAUGGAAAAGAAGCGCCACGCGGCGGCCAGAUGUCUUCUGGCAACCACUCAUUCCAGCAGACAGUGACUCGCGUAGAUGGGGGCGUGGUCACCACCACCACCAGGACUCAGCGCAUCGUGCAGGUCUCCGAGACAUCGUCGGGAUACCCGAACGACAUCUUCGAGACGGGCUGCCAAGUGAAAAGGACCGUGGUGAAGCGCACAAUCAAGCAGCACGCGGACGGUACCGAGGAGGUGAUCGAGGAUGUUGUCACCGACGACGGCGGCCCCCAAGUUCACGAAAAGCCCAAAAAAGGUAUCUUCGGCUUCCUGAGCGGCAAGAAAGACAAGAACAGGGCAACCGUCGAGGAGCUGCCCAAUGACCGACAGGCAGUGGUCAAGCCCAUAAGCGACCGGAAGGCCCCGGCCAAGCCUCUAAGUGACAAAGAGUUCCGACAAGACAGCCUCAAGUGGCACAACCACUACAGGGCCAUCCACGGUGUCCCGGCGCUCAAGCACAGCGAUGAGCUUUGCCGCUACGCACAAGAAUGGGCUGAUACGCUCGCCAAGAAGGACACAUUUUGUCAUCGUCCGAACAACAAGUACGGCGAGAACAUUUACAUGGCUUGGUCAUCGGACCCCACCAAGGAGGUGACAGGGCAAGAAGCGGUCGAUUCGUGGUACAGCGAGAUCAAGCAGCACCAGUUCGGCUGCGAGCCGCGCAGCCUUGGCUCUGGUCAUUUCACACAAGUCGUCUGGAAGGCCAGCACAGAGCUGGGCACAGCCCGCGCUCGCACAGCUACCGGCAAACUGAUCGUUGUGGCCAACUACAACCCCGCGGGCAACCUCAUCGGAUCCUUCGCCCAGAACGUGCCGCCACCCAAGAAAUGAGCACGGCGUUAUCGUGGAUGAGCGCAUGGUGGCUUUGCAAGAUUGUAUAUAUACGAGCUUUUCGCUGUAAACGUUGGCUAUCUGAAAGUCCGCAUUUCCUGGUUCGGAAGUACGCUUACCAAAAAAUCAUUUUUGUGCAGUAUUACCCGCAUCAUUAGAAAUAAUCUUGGUGUCAAGUGCCAAUGUUAACGUGAGCACAACUGCUCAUGGCUUCUGUGUCUAUGCGCCAUUUUGGUAAGGGAAAGAAGCGAGAGCAUAAGCGUUGGAGAACAAAACGCAAACAUAUGUUUACGACGCACAAGAUGUUCUGCUAUAUAGUAGCUAUAGAGUGCUGCUAGAGCAGCGAAAUGUAUGUUUUUAGAACCGAAGGACAAUAUGUGAUUGUAAAGUUUAUCUGAGCUGUGUAUGAGAGUCACUUGAUGCUGGGAAUGAAGUGGGCUGCGUCUGCUUAGGUGCAAAUGUGAGUAGACGCCAGCAUGUUCUAAAGCUGCCGUGACUAAGGCAUUUAUCUUCAACCGCAGGUGUCUAAACUAUUAUUUUCAAAACACAAACAUAUAUAUUUACUAUGUAAAUUGUAUGGUGCCAGUGUUUUUGCACAUGUAAGCUUUUAAAGGCUUUUAUAUGUGCACUUGAGCUAUUCAAGCUUGACAUGUUACCUUUGCUUGAAGACACACUAAACAUCUCGCAAAGAAAGAAUGCAGAGAGGCACAUGAGACUGGGCCAGUCAUAGAGCUGACACAUUUUUCUCCACCUUAUUUUGUUUAACAGCAUACACAUACUCAAAAGUUAAGAAGUGAACGUUUGAAUCAAAGAGCUCCACAGCAGUGCUUGUUUUCACAUAGAUUCUUCAUCAUGCCUUAAGGAUGUUAUGACUUCCUUUCUGAAGAAUGUGUGAGGCUUUUUCAUUUUCGUCUGCUCUUUCCGAGACUAAAUAUGCCAUUGCCCAAGUUGCAAAUGUAGUGUUUCGAGAAUUGAACUAUGAUAUUCUGACAACAAAUACAAGUAAGAACAAAAUCAUGACCUGUAAUACAUUGUAACAUAGCUUCACUAAAUUUGUGGAAAAGCACUCCUGCUGGUGGAUGAAAGUGUACCAAUUGUCUCUAUUUGAACAUUCCUAUGUGCACUGGCAUCAGUAUUCUGUGUGAGUAAAUAAAGAGAUCCAUGCCGAUAAGUAAAUAAUGGGCAGUGAGUGAGCCUGAUCAAUUUAGUAGUGCGAUCUCUAUUUCUGAACGCUGCAUAAUGCAGGAAGCAUGCACUAUGGUUGGUCUCUACUGACGCGUAUAUUGUAGCUGAAAUUGACGUCAAUGCCAGUUUUGUAACACAAGGCAAGAUGAUUUAAAUAUCCAGAUUGGUUGGUUUUAUGUGACGAGUCUUGUGGGGUGCCAAUGCCAGAGGACACCAUGACAGCCUCCAAAUUGCCGUUUAAUAUUCACGUUCCAUAUAGCAUUAAGAUGGUCGUGAGCACCUUAGCCUCUCAGCAUGCGUGACAAGAUUGAAUUUUAUAGAUUGUAAAAACCAAAAGCAUUUGGCGAAACACCCACUGUGUUCGAGAUGCCAUCACAAGUUUGCUACUGUUUGUUUUCAUGCCAAAUAGCAUGAAAACAGGGCCCUUGUAACAAAGCUUUGUGUAGCUAUUUUUUGCACUUUAAGCAUCCCUGAACACGAACGUGGGCUUUACUGGUGCCCAUGAUCAACACUACUGAAGUAUUACAGGGCAUUCAAAAGCCAUUACAAAAAGAAGAAAAUAUUUUUAUGGGCUGCCCCAUUGCCACUCAGUGAUCAUUGUACAUUUCUGACUAAAGUGAUUGCAAGUAUCUCGUUUACUUGUAGCACACAACAUUCCUUGCUUAAGCACACACUAUGCCCAAUGUACGAUAUUAUGGCUCGCUUUCGUGCGUUGGGUAAGAGACCAAAGAGUGACGUAUUCUUUUUUUUAUGCCUUUUUUUGGAGAAAUAAAGUUGUUUUGUUGGAUCACUU